GGCAACAGUGCUCGUCAGUAGGAGUUUGAACAUCGAAGGAGCGAGUAAUGGAAUAGCCGAAGAGAGAGCAGGGAGUGGAAGAACCGCUAUUUAGCGAAUUUGUUUUAGCCACCACCGUGUCGUCACCAUUUUUUGCAGUCCAGUUGUUUUACUGCUGCAAAAAAGCGGAUCAACGCGCGCGGCAAAGUGCAUCCGACCGACCGACCUGCUACGAUUUGAUAUCUGUGCGUGGGAGACCGUGUCUGCGAUCCUUUGUACGACGAAUUUCAAGUUACGGGAUCGGGAUCGUGUUUUUCUCGGUGUGUAUUUUCCGUCGAUGAGUUGCGACCGCGUACGUGCGUGUGUGUGUGAGUGAGUCGACACCGAAAAAGGGCUAAAUUUUCGAUGAAGAGGUCAGCAAAUUGAUUUGGCGAAUUUUUUUGGCUUUGGAGAAGAAAAAAGUCGCAAUUUGUAAGCGGUAGGAAGAAAAGCAAACCAGCUAGCGAAGGAAAGAAGAAGCAGCAUCGUGUGAAUAUCUGUUGGUCGCGCACAUAAAGGAAAAGUUUUUUUUUUGGGUGCCGCUGUAGUGGUGCGUUUACCAUAUCUCUCUCACCAAUACAUCCAAACCCGAAAUUGCGUGACGUGACGACGAGUUCGAUCGCUCUACUCGGGAACACCAAAACAACCACGGCCUACUGUGCUGCUGCUGUGUGAUGGUUUGGCUUGCAUGAAUCGGAUGUCGGAGUCGUCAUCUUGAAAUCCCGGAGAUCACGUACCCACUCUUGAUUUUUAUUUCCUCGCGCGACUCGCGGGCUGAAGUCGGAGGAACGAAAAACGAGGUUAGAGCGCGCUGACUUUGGUUUUCUAGCCGGAGCACAAAGUAGGGCGACGAUUUUGUCUGUUUUUCUCUGCGUGCUUGCGAGGAAAAACCAACGGAAGAAAAAAAGGCCAGGUUGUCCCGGGUUCCAGCUUCCGCGUCCCUAGUGACAGUGUUUUUUUUUUGAAGAGUUCAAACUUCGGGUCGAGAGAGGAAAUCAACGCCGCAACCAUGGUGGAACGGAUUGUCGAGGAAACAGCUGAGGCAAAUAUAGAUUCGCGAAACGCCGCCGAGGUAGCCCGGUACAGCAGCGAGGAGAUAUCGGGCAAUGAGUCAAACGAGGUACGGAUGACCGAUGCGGAGCGCCAGGCCGACUUCAAUCGCCACAAGGAGGAGAUGAAGCGCAAGCGACGCAGGAAGAAACGGGCCAGCUCGUCGAUGCAAUCAUCGUGCUUCCAAGAGUUGUACAAGCUGACCGGCGAGGUGCUUGGUGAGGGCGCGUAUGCUUCGGUCCAAACGUGCAUCAACAUCUACACAGAGCUGGAGUACGCGGUGAAGAUCAUCGACAAGAUCCCGGGUCACGCCAGGGCUCGGGUGUUCCGUGAGGUGGAAACGUUCCACCACUGCCAGGGCCAUCCGAAUAUCUUGCAGCUAUUGGAAUUUUUCGAGGACGAGGAAAAAUUUUACCUAGUGUUUGAGAAGAUAAACGGCGGACCGCUGCUGACCCGCAUCCAGGAGAACGUGUGCUUUUCCGAGUACGAUGCGGCCCAGAUCAUUAAGGAGAUCGCCUCCGGGUUGGACUUUCUGCACAAGAAAGGCAUCGCCCACCGGGACCUGAAGCCGGAGAACAUCCUGUGCGUCUACCCGGACAAGCUGUGUCCGAUCAAGAUCUGUGAUUUCGAUCUCGGCUCUGGGAUCAAGUUCACCACUAACAUUUCGUCGCCGACGGCCACGCCGCAACUGUUGACGCCGGUCGGAAGUGCCGAGUUUAUGGCGCCGGAGGUGGUGGACCUGUUCGUGGGCGAGUCGAACUACUACGACAAGCGGUGCGACCUGUGGUCGCUGGGCGUGAUCGCGUACAUUCUGCUGUGCGGCUACCCGCCGUUUUCCGGCAAUUGCGAGCAGGACUGCGGCUGGAACCGGGGCGAAAACUGCCGCACCUGUCAGGAGCUCCUGUUCGAGUCGAUCCAGGAGGGUCGGUUCAGCUUCCCGGAGAACGACUGGAUCGACGUGAGUGAAGAGGCUAAAGACUUGAUCCGGGGCCUGCUGGUGAAGGAGGCGCCCAAGCGGCUCAGUGCCGCCGCGGUUCUCAACCAUCCGUGGAUUAAAAUCACCGACGAGGGCGACUGCGUCGACGGGGUGAACUCUAGCGCGAUCAAGGAGAUGCAGCGCCGGCGGGUACUGAAAACACCGGGCAUCAUUCGACGCAAUCAGUCGGCCCGAGAACUGUCGCACUUUGCCGAGUCGGCGAUGGCCGUGAAGCGCGUCAUUUUGCAGCAUUUCUCGAUGCGCUACGAUUACAUGAACAAGGAGCGGCCAAAUAUCUAUCAACCAGCAGAUAUCGUAGUGCCAUCGACAAAUUGUGAACCUGAGGUGGCUUUGGUGGCCGGUCCCGAGAAGCCCCAGCAGCAGGACACUUUGGUGGUUCGAACUGAACCACAGCCUUGUCCUCCAUCGGUUGCCCGGUCAAGCUCCGUUAUUCAGGUGCAGCAAAAUACCGGUGGUGGAGGUGAACGAUACGAUGCGGACGAAGACGUUGGUUCGCUGACGCCCUCUCCCUCGACGUCACCGUCGUCCGUGUCUUCGUCCUCUUCAGCAUCUUCUACUGAUGUUCAGCGUUGUGAAGCCGACGCUGUGUACAUCCCCAUCAAAAAGUCAUCUUCGACUUCUACGCUUACGCCGGACGCGUCGCCGGAUACUUCGGCUUCUUCUCUGGUCCAAGCUGCCACCGUCGUCGCGGAUGGCAUCGAUUCCAUCACCUCAGCAGUACAACAAUCACAAAAACAGCAGAACCAGCCAGAGUCGCCGCUGGCAGUCAUCAGGGAGAAGAGCGCUCCUCCGUCCAUCUCGUCCAGCUCGGUUAAGAUUCCGCCCGAGCAAAACUGGCGAUAUCGGGGCCGCGACGACGACGCACACAAGUUUAAGCAUCCGUCGUCGAUUCUGGGCCCAAGCUACAACAAUUCCUCCAGGGCACGGUACAAUCAGCAACAGCCGCCCCAGCAGUACCGUAACUUUGGCUCGUACAACAAUUACUACCACAACAAUCAAUACAACCAGAACGGAGGCAAUGGCGGCGGCGGAAGUGGCUCCGGCAAUCAUCAUAAUCAGUAUCGGAACGGCGGGUCAACCGGAGGCGGUGGCAAAUCUUACUCCUAUCGCCAACCGAAGAGCAAUAAUAACGAAACGGGUAGCAUCGAGAUCCGUACGCAGCCGCAGCAGCAGCAGCAGUCAUGGCGUAGCCGUCAGAGCAACUUCUACAACGAUGACGACGACGAGCUGGCCGACGGAUCGCCUCACCGCCAGGGCACCGGCUACAGUACCAACAAUGCACGGACACAAUCGGCCAAGUCGGAUGCACCGGGUUACAUCCAUGGCACAUCUAUCAACAACAAUCCUAAUCACCAUCAGUACAAUCGUGGAGUAGCGGGAGUAACGACUACCAACAACCGGGUUAGUGUCACCGGUGGUGGUAGCGGUGGCGGCAACUAUCGUCAGCAGCAGCAGCAAUAUCGCGAGCCGAUUCCAGCGGCUGGACCUGGAAUGAUGAUGCUCUAUGACGACGGGGCCGGCAGGGGACGGACGGACGGAAUUGGAGGAGGAGGGCGCAAGCCGACACAAAAUAUAAAUACUUUGAACUGUGAUCCAAUAACAAAUAAUACUACUAAUAAGUAUAAGCAUAAUCCUACACACUCAAACACAAUUGUUACCGCGCUGAAGCGAGAGACGAAGAACGGCUACCAGUCGAUGAUUGGAGCGCUGCGCAUCAGCGACAUGUACGACGAAUACGGCUGCAACGGCAACAACGCCGGCCUGACUGUUGGCCUCUCGCCGCCGAACGAGUCCUUGCUGAUGCAGCGUCGGCUCUCGCUGAAAUCGCGCAGCAUUUGUAACCCAUCGACGGACUCCAUUCAGCAGCAGCAACAACAACAGAAAAACAAUCAUCCAUCAUCACCACUACUACAACAAUACAAAUACAACUAUUAGCAGCAGAAGCAGCAGCAGCAACAACCACAUCAGCGCCAGACGCCAAACAACAUCAUCACGACAAAGAGUGGUUGAGCGCUGCCCCGAGUGCGCGCUGGAAAGCCGUUUUUUCCCUCUCACAUCUCAUUUCUCUACUGCUUUUCUGUUUCACUCUCUCUGCGCGGAAUUGUUUUUUUUUUUUCUUUUAAAGUUCUGUUUCCCACUUUCAUCCGAUUUCCCCGGCCAAGAUGAUUAUUUUUUUGAAAUUGUAAAAAUUCACUUUUACCCUAUUUUAUAUCUUUAAUUGCAAAGGUAGCAACACUUUCAAAAAUGAUUUACAAAAGCAAACGCGUUUAGGAGUAACAAUCUUUAUUUUUUCCACUCUCUCUUACGUUUGCUCUACAUUAUAUGUUUCGAACGUGUAGUACAAUGGCAGCAAAAGGAAGAAGGAUCAUCUAAUAAAAAAAAGAAAGAAUGCAUACACAAAUAUUUUGGAACGAUAACCGCGAUGCGUAUUUUUUUUUAAAAUUAACACAUCAACAACGACCUACCUUCAUUAACACACACACACACACUUUGUACGUGACGAGCGCGCAUAAUUCCCAAACCAGCAGCAGGUUGAGUUUGUUUUACUACUUUAAAGAGUGCAGUGCAGUGAGCGACUUUCCCCCCGUCUUGAAGAAGAUAAUUGUUGUUAUUUUACUGUUAUUUUAAAAUAUCGUUCACUCCACAAAGAUAGAGAGAGAUGCUACCCGGAAAACAGGAGGGGGAAAGCUGACCAGCACUAUCACUUACACAAGAAUAAACCACAAUAAAGAAGGGGAGAGAGAGGCUAGAAGACAGAAAAAGAAUCAAAUUCUUGAAAAAAAAAUAAUAAGUUACAUUUAGUAACAUGUGAAUGCCAUUGCUUGAAUUCUGUGACAACAA